GGGCGAGGGGAAGGAGCGGUUGGGUGACCUGGACGCACCAAGGAGUCUUGCAGAUAGGCCCUGGCCCCAGCUGGACUUGGCCUUGUCAGGCCUGUCCACACAAGCCAUAUGUGCACGUUGGGGCACCGGGUUCCAGUGCCAGAGGGCCCCCUUCCACGUCCUAGUGGGCUGACUCCAUCUGCCAUGUCCCCCGGAGGGGGCAUGUGACGGUGUGGUAGCUGGGCUAGUGCAGGCAGGCUGUUAAUGGCAGAGGGUUUCUGUGAUGUCCUGGCAGAGUCCGGCAGCGGGCACAUGGGGGUACGAGCUGUGUCCUUCCGAGGAAGGACAAUGGGAUUGCAGGGCGGGAUAGGCGAUGCCACCACCAGACCAAGGUCGGGUGCUCUGGGACUGGGAGCUCCCAGAUAGCCCCCUUCCCAUGGCAAUACUUAAUGCCAACCCGACUCUCCCUCACACAUUUUUUGCUACAUUGAGGCUCCCAACUUUGCAUGGACCCAAUACCCAGGCUGGGGAUUUCAGGCUUGGGGGCUGCCUCUCAUUUUAGGUUGAAUCGAAACCUAAAGCUGGGCCCCGCCCAGAACCUCACGGCUGAAGCUCCCUGAAUUUCAGGAGGAUCUGACUCUCCGGAUCAGAGUCUCUCCUCCACGCCGUUAUACCUUUAGUUUCGGAUCAGAACCAGGAGGGGCUUGUUACCCACUGGGAUCUCAGGUCCUGAACAGCCAUUCUUCGGAGAUUUGGACCUAAGGAGAAAUCUCACGAGAACAGACGAUCUUGCAAGGUUUCCACCAGUGGCUACCAGAAUAGCUUGUGGGACAGAAGCACCAUGGACCCUGAAUCCCAGUCUGGAUUCAGCCUGCAACUCCCAUGCCCGCUUGAAUGCAGAGCAGAUGCCCUGUUCUUAGCCCCGCUCUGUGUAAAUACCAGGCUAAUCUGACUCCAUAUUCAUUUCCAAGCACAUCACCCCUGUGCUGGCUCUGUUAAGAACUCGCUGACAGGCCCGAUUGAAACUUUCCCUCCCCCCUCCCUUUCUGAUUCUGCUGCGUUAGGUGGGUCAGAGUUCAAAUGCCAUCUUAUGCUCUGGGCCCCCAUCUUUUUUCUCUUCUUUCCCCUCCCUUCCUUUCUUCCAAGCAGGUGCCAUUACUCCAGCAUCGGGCUGGCUCCAGGACAAAGUGCCACGGCUCCAGAAUUCAGUGGUGUCAUGCCCACUUGGGCCCAGUAUCAUUAGACCCCGGCUUAUAGUUGGGAUCCCAGUAUUGGCAGCCCCAAGCAUUCAAAGAUCAGGUGUCAGGCGCCCAGAAAUCAUAAGAGUGGCUUAAAAAUGACAAGAUUUUGAAAAAUAAUAUAUUUGGGGUCCCUUUCCUUGGCCUCGUGCUGUUUGAGUCCUUAGGGAGCACUUGGGUCAUGUUCUUCAGUGUUUCUAGGCAACCAUGUGGGCUAGGAACUUUUUCUUUUAAGUGGAAGCUGCGAUUGGCACCUAAUAACGUGAUGCCCCCCAGGAGCGGGGGCUUCAAGAAAAGCACCAACUGGAGCCAGCCUCGUGCUAGAACGGUGAGACUUAGCGAUGCCGGAAUCCACCUGGCUGGGCCGUGCCAGGAACGGCUGCGUGGGAUUCUCCCCUGGCUUGGCGCAAAGCGGCAGCAAGGAAGAGGGAGCCCUUCCAGGUGAGGAACGGCAUCCAUCCCCCAAAACACCUUUGCCUGGGAGAUCACAGGCUCACGGCCCGCUCGGUCCCAAAGUUUGAGAGAGAGUGCGUACAAGAUACAGCCCCGGAGCCCUAGAAACUCAGCAAGGAGGGAGACCUGUUUACUCCAGCCAUUCAGCAUGUGUCUAGGAAAAGGGGAAAUCAGGCCGGAUCUGAAGACAGUGGCAGAGCCACAAGAAUGCUUUGGCUCAAAGCGUCCUUAUGGGCUCCCCCUAGCGGCAAAUCAUAUGAAUUUCAGCAGUUCCAUUCUAGGAGACUUCACUGGCAGGACAAGCUGGGUGCCGGUUGCCAAAGUGUAAUUCGCGGGGCAGAUCCUUUAGGUGGCUAUUGAGCGGUUAGCACCUACCUCCAGGGCGGAGCUGCGCACUGUGCUGGGGUUUGGUCCGUUUUUGUUGGACUCCACGUCUGUGCUGUCGAACUACCACACGAGCUGCAGCAGGAGAGGCGGACGUAGGAGGAGCAGGAGAUCGGCUGCAAGGAUUGUGGCUUCCCAUCCACGCUGGGAAGAUGCUGUUGUAGCUGCAUUCAGCUAAAACCCUUGGCCCAGGUAAUGCGACCCGCUGGGCCUAUCGGAGCCUGAAUCCUGGGCUCGGCUACGGAGCGUGGAUACGUUGCUGCCAGCUCAAGACGUGCCAGCCAACUGCUUGUUGUGGUGCUUUGUGCUUGGGAUAGACAGGAGGCCAGGAGUUGCUGGGGCCUGGCAUCGUGCUCAGGCCGUCAGACCUGGCUCUAAAUGGACAACCUACCUAAUUCUCAAUGACUGAAGGACGGCCUCCACUCGUUGAGAUAGUUUGCUUUCCACAACCAGCUUCUCCUGAGUGAUGUACCCGAGUAUUCGGAUUCCAGUAUCUAAACUGUAUUGUUAAAUCUAUUCACCGAAAUGUGGGUUAUGGCGAAUUAUGUGCUCUACAGGUAUGAUGUGACUUUUCAAAACUAACUCUGUAUUUGUGAAAGCAGCAAAGAGUCCUGUGGCACCUUAUAGGCUAACAGACGUAUUGGAGCAUGAGCUUUCGUGGGGGAAUACCCACUUCGUCGGAUGCAUGGCUGUAUUUGUGGAUAGUCUAAGCACUCUACCCAGAUGUACAGACACUCCUUUCCCAGCCUAUGUAUUCUAUCAUUUUUUUAACAUUAGCUUUAAUAACAUUUUCAAGCGUGGCACUAUUACUUUCCUUGUUUGCGUGGUCCCCUGCCCAAGACGGGGACAUUAGAUGGCAUGCCCUCUGCAUUCUCCUUAGGGUGCACUAAUGACCCAUGUUCUCUUCCCGCAGAUCUCCGUGUGAAGUGGAUUUCUGAAGUGGCUCCAGACCGUGGUGAAAGGAUGGCUGGGCCCCAUCUGCCCCCCUUCACUGCCGCCCUGGGACUGGCAUUGCUUGGUGUCCUGGUCUUCCUCUCAGCCCUGUGUGCUGCCUGCAGAAGGAAAGCUAGGAAGAAGGUGGUCCCACCGGAUGGGGUGAAGCUGGUAGAUGUGUCGUUGCUGAGGCAGAUGCAGCUCCGAUCGCUCAGUAAAUCUGACACCAAACUGCAUGAGCUCAACAGGGUGAAGCGCACGGACGAGCACCAAAGACCAGCCAGCGUGGAUUUCCUUUACCCAUCAGGGUCUUUGGGGGAUGGAGAAGGAGCCGUGCAUAGCUCGAGCUUCAGCAUCCUGCUGCACCGAGAGCUGCCCCAGAUCCCCAAUUCCAACCCUUCGGCUGACGCCCUGAGUCCUGACCAGACCUACUCAAACGUGUCCUUCUUAGCCCCGCUGAAACCAGCCCCGGAGGCGCUGUACGAGUGUGCGGCCGUGACUCAGGAAGGGCCUCAACCGAUGCCCAUCUUGGGAACCCCAAUGGAGGCUUCCCCUCUAAGCGAGGAGGACAAGGCAGUGACGGCUGAGUAUGCCUGUGUCCGCAAGGUGAAGAAGAAUUUCCAGCCAGAGCUCCAGGAUGAGACACAGGGCGAAUCCUCCGUGGGGCCUGCAGACCCAGAAGGCUGGGAAGGAGCUGCCUGUAACCCCGCAGCGGUGAAGGUAGAAGAAAUGUACUCGACUGUGUGCAAAGCUGGAAAGAAGAAGAAACACCAAGGCUCUGCUCUGUCCCCCUCUGAAGGAAUGGACACUGGGGAGACGGGCCAAGGAGAACAGGGGUGGCCAGCCGCCCAUCUCAGACAUGUCAGGGUGGGGUAUCAGUCCACACCGGGCCGAGUCUUACUCACUGAGCCCUGCUAUGAGUCUAUCAAGGAUGGAUCCUGGACUGAGCAUGGCAGGAACCCAGCCCCAGAACCGGCCUACGAGGCAGUAGAUGUCAAAUGGAAAAAGCCCAAGAGAAGGGACAAGUCUACCAAGAACUGCCCCACCGAGAACUUGUAUGAAAGUAUCAGCGAAAUGUGGGAAGGGGACCCUAGGAACACAGCUACCCUGGCAGCUCCCAAUGGGUUGGAGAUAUACGUAACAGACUUAUAACGCCUUAUGUAUAGCUGCCCCCUUCCUGGGAAGGUCUGUGCUCCUCCACCGAGACCUCCAGCUGUCUCAGAUCUCAGCCACAUGGCGAGGCACAACAAGAACAUCCAACACCACAACAGUAAAUACUAAAAACAUCAACCUGCUCUAAACCCUCCUGCCUCAGGUCUCAGGCCAACCUGUCACUAACGGGAGUUAAACUUUCCCUGCGGGCCACGUAUCCCCUUGCUCCUUCUGCAGAACUCCUCUGAAGCAGCUGGUGCUGGGCACGGUCCGAGGCAGUUCGCUGGGCUCGGUGGACCUAUGGUGACCUGAAAACUACAGGCAAAAGAACUGAGUAAUUCUAAUGGGUGCCCACCAGGGUUUGGCAUUGCUUAGGGGUUGUGCCCAUUCUAGGGGGCACAGACACCCAGGUCGGGUGCCUCUCUUGCCUGAGUCUUCAUGCGGGGUCCAGUGAAGCUGGCCACAGAAACCUAGUUAACUCAGCUGCCCCUUUCCUUAAUAAAGAGGAAUCUCCCCUAUGUAUUUUAAUCCUGUUGUUCUGAAUUUCUGCAUCUGUCCCAGCCAGCAGGCUAACAAUGCAGUAACGGAGAUACCUAGAAACAGGAUGGUUUUUAUUGCCUGAGAAUGCACAUUUCACGGGAUAACGCUGCCUGUUUGUUCCUGUUGAGACGGUGAGGGUUUCCUGGGCGGGCCCUUGGAGCUCUGAUUAUCAGCCUGAGCUGCCCAGGGUAUAACAGCUCGGGGGUAGCAAAACAAGGCAAACGUUGGCCAGAUUUCUGAGUCAGGCUGGAGGGCGCAGGCCACAGUCUCUGGAGGGGCAAAAGGAGAGGGCUGGAACCUGAGGCAGUGCCGUGGAUGGAUGGAGCACGCCAAUGGGGGCUGAAUGCACAGCAGGUAGAGCCGAUUUGGAGCCAGAUAGCCUUGCACUCAGUGCAGGGCCUGGGGGCAAGGGGAGAAAGGUGACUCGAAGCCACCCGUACACCUCCUCCAUCCUUGGGCUGAGCAGGGCCCUUUCAGCCCCGAGCAAAAACAGUGCCAGCAGGAACGGCCCUCUCGAUCCUGUUACGCUGCCCAGGGACUGCCACUUGGCAACAGCCCCUCCUGCUGCCAGCCUGCCCUGAUGGUGACUGAGAACAGGCUUUGCCCUUCUUCCACCACCCUGGGAUUCUCCAGGGUCAGGGGAGUCCCCAGGGGCACGGCUUGUUCUGCGGGCGCCAUGCCCGCCAGGCAGAGGGCUGAGCGUCUGGCCCAGAAUGCCCAUGUGCUAAGCCCAGGAGUUAGGGUGGGGCCCCACUAACGGGUUACGUGGAGUCACUGGCUCCUCUAGUGCUUGGAAUAUUGGAGAGUCCAGAGACAAAUUAGCAAAAUAAGGAGAGUUUAUUAAGAGGGAGAAUUUCUGCAGAACUGCAGAGGGCUAACGCCUGCCCUGUCUGGAUCUAGGAAUUUCCUCGCUUCACUAACCAAUGUAGUAACACAAGGAACCCACCCUGGCUGACGACACCCUGAGGACCCCAGACACUGGUGCUUGCUGCUUGGGGAAACCAGGGCCGUGUACAAAUUAACCCUUUCACGGUGGACACACACACACACACACUACAGCUGCCUUGCCUUAGGCCGGGUCUACACUCAAAAGUUAAAUGGACCCAGCUGUGUCGCUCACGGUGUGAAAAAUCCACACCCCUUCGCAACGUAGUAAAAGCGCCCCAGGCCCUGGUGUGGACAGCACUAGGUCAAUGGAAGGGUUCCUCCCUCCGCCUCGCUACCACCGCUCGGGGCAGUGGAUUAACUUUGCUGAUGGGAGAACCCCUCCCACCGCUGUCAUGAGUGUCUACACAGCAGCAUUUCCAGCGUAGAGAAACCCGCAGUCCAGCAAAGGAGGAGAGAAUUCCGGACUCUGCCCUUAGGCGCCUCAAAAAUGGUACUGCCACCCAGAAAGCAAGUCCGGCCUCGUCUCCGCUGGGAUUCCAGCCACUGGGGCCGCUGCACUACUGCAGGGCUCUGAUUGGCCCACUAGCACAGCUUACCCGCACGUAAACUGUUCAAAUCAUGCAGCGCCCGGGACAAGGGAGCCUGGGGCCUUCCACCGAUGGCUGAAAUCCCGGCGUCGACAAGGCCUGGGUUCAAGAGUGCUCGACUAGCUGUGCUGUGCAACAUGUGUGCCUGUGUAGAUAGUUUCUGUGUAACGUAGUACCCUUUUAAAGCCCUUCCCCUGUAACAGAAAUCGUGUGGCACAAACCUCCAUGCACUGCUUUGAUAGUUUGGAAGGUAACUUUGGGAGGCAGUGUUGCCUAGUGAGAAGAGCACUGAAGUGGGACUCAGAAGAGAUAUGGGUUCUAGUCCUGGCUCUUC